AUGGUGAAUGUUAGCUUGAAUGGGAUCUACGAUGUAACACUGUCGGUGACCUGCGCCGCCUCAACCAAAGGAAACCAAUUCUUGUUUUUUCUAACAGCUUUAAACUUUCUCCUCGCCAUUUCAGCGUCUCUGGGAAAUGCUGUAAUCUUUUUUGCCUUGCGAAAGAUUUCUUCUCUUCAGCCAGCAUCCAAACUCAUGUUUCAAUGCCUGGCAGUUACUGAUUUUUGUGUUGGCGUUUUUUCUCAACCUUUGUUUGCCGUCCAGUUGUUGUCGAUAGCAAAUCAGCGAUUGCAGCUUUGUUACAUUCUUGUGAGCAUCAAUAACGUUGCUGGGAAAGCUCUAAGUGGAGUGUCGUUGUUCAUUUUAACUGCAAUAAGUUUAGAUAGACUUUGUGCUCUUUGUUUGGGAUUGACUUACAAGAAUGUCAUAACUUUCAGGCGAACACGCACGAUGAUUAUUUGGAUUUGGCUUUUGAACAUUUCCCUCGCCAGCCUGAGACGGUUUUGGAGGCUUGCUUUGAUGACCAAAGUAAUGUCUGCAUUCAUAUCUUCAGCACUAAUAAUCUCAGCUAUCUCCUACUUGACGAUCUACCUUAAACUACACAAAUAUUGCAAUAAGCUGCGAACCUCUGAUCAAGAUGACCAAUCGAACGUGCAAAGGAGUGCUUUCAACAUUGCCAAGUACAGGAGGACAGUACACACUGGGUUGUACGUACAGGUAGCAUUAGUGACCUGCUACCUUCCAUUUGGAAUAGUUAUGGCUUUAGCGAGCACUCGCGGUUACAACUCAUCGUUUAACGUUGCUGCUCGACUGACAAUCACUCUUACUUUACUUAAUUCAUCAUUAAAUCCCAUUCUCUACUGUUGGAGACUAAGAGGAGUUCGACAAGCAGUGAGGGAGAUUAUAAGACGCCCAAGUCAGUUAUCUUAG